AUGAAUAUGCCAUCUGCCGAUUUUUGUUCAUCUUUCUCUCAAUCCCAUUUACGAAAAAAUUCUUUAUUUCAAAACAAAGUUAUGAAGGCUUCUGCUGGGUCAAUACUUGGCCAACAUCUUCGUAGAAAAUCAACUGCUGCAUUGUUGAUGACAAAUGAAUUGAGAAGAAGUUCGAGAGUUUCUACAAAUUCUUUUGAAAAAUCACAUUUUUGUCUUGGUCCUGAUGGUUUAAGUUUUCACGGAAUUAAUUUAGUCCCCUUUCAUAACGGAUUUCGUUAUACUUUAUCAGAUCCAACAACUCACAAAUCUUCAGAAUUAUUUUCAAUAAGAAAUAAAAAUAUUGACGACAUUCCAAAAACAAAAUUACAUAAAAUUACGGACAGAUUGUUGAGUUUUUAUGAAAAAUCGCGUAUUCAUUAUUUAUUGCCAAUACUUGUUUUAGUUAUUUAUUCAUUUCUUGGAGGCGCUAUAUUUUACACAAUUGAAAGUCCGGCUGAACAGAAUGUUUUGAUUAAGAAAAAAGAAUAUGUAGAAAGGGAAGAAAAACAUAUAAUCUCAGAAGUUUUGGCAAUUGAUAGAAAAUUAAAAGAAAUGAGAAAUAAUUACAAUUUAAGUACACAAAAUAAAAGUGAAAUAUUAGAGACAUUUGCAAGUAUAACUACUUUAAAUAAAGAAAUAUUUAAAUAUCGGCGGUUAGCAAUGAAUAGAAUACAUAAAGUACCGAUAAAUAUUCUUUGUUUAAUUUUUUUAAAAUUUAAAAAGGUUAUUUAUUGGUAUGUACUUCAAAGUUAUUAUCUUAAUGAUCAAGAGACAUAUAAAUCAUCUCUUUUAAAUCCAAGCAGCCCUGAACGUUUAUGGAAAACACAUUUCCAAUCAGGUUCGGGUGAACUUGGUAUUGGCCGUAUUUUGGCUCUUCGAAAUUAUACACAACAAUUAGCCGAACGUUGUUGGGAACUUGGUUAUGGAGCACAUAAACCAGAAUAUUUAAAUAAAGCUUUACGUGUUAGUAUUGAUGAAUUUAAUAAAUUUGUUGGUUUACAACAUACACUUACACCUUCCUGGACAUUUUGGAAUUCUAUGUUUUUAGCUGUAACAACUUAUUCAACAAUUGGUUAUGGAAAUAUUGUGCCGAAAACAAGACUCGGAAAAUUUUUUGCAAUGAUUUAUGCAGUUAUUGGAAUUCCAAUGACUUUUAUGAUUUUACACAAACUUGGCCGUUUCUUUCUUCUUUGUUUAGAAUGUUUUUGGCAUAAACUUAUUUGGUUAAUGGAAUUUAUUAGUUGUGUUAAAGAUGCUGAAAAAUUAAAAGGAAAAGUGCAAGGUUCUGGUGGAAUGCCUGUACUUUUAGCUAUUGGAGUUGCCUUUUCUUGGAUGUUUUUAUGUGCUGCUAUUUUUCUUCAAUUUGAACAAGAUUGGGAUUAUUUUAAAAGUUUUUAUUUCUUUUUUUGUUCUCUCACAACUAUUGGAUACGGUGAUGUUACCCCAACAAAUUCUGAGGAUAUGUUUAUAAUGUUUGGAUUUAUAAUUGUUGGCCUUUCACUUGUAUCAAUGUGUAUUAAUGUUAUUCAAUUAAAAUUAGAAGCAUUAUUUGAAGAAUUACUUUUAACAAUGAUGGAAGAGUAUGGAGAUACUGGACAAACUGUUGAGGAAAUAACAGCAGCAAUAGAACCACAUAUGUCUUUAAUGGAUUUGUGGAAAGUUUGGAAAAGAAGAAGACAAAGAAGAAGUACACAAAUACAUUCGGAAGAUGAACAACAAAAAAUAAUUUUACCUUCAUUACAAAAUAAAAAACAAAUUUCAAUAGAAUUACAACCAACAGAUUAUUUAUUAUUACCUAGACAAUCUAAACAAUUUUCAAAUAAUAAUUUAAUAUCAGAAAGUAAUUUUCAUCGACUAGUUAAAUUAUUUCCGUUUGGAAAAAUGAGAAGAGAAGCAAUUUUGAGGAGAUUACAAAUGCGCUUUAAUAAACAUCAUAAAUCGACACAAACAGAUUUUUGUUGUUUACAACAUGGACAUGGAAGUUUUGCUAGAUAUCAACCAGAUAUAAAUUUAUUUAGUUAUGCAACACAAGAAUUGGAUGAAGAAGGUACUUUAACAAAUAAUUCAUCCUCAGAAAUGUCAACAGUCAUUAAUGAAGGGGUUAACUUUCAUGAACAACAACUGGACUUUAAUCAGUCAAAUGAAGAAAGAAAUCAACCAAAAAAAGUUAUUUUAGCAAAUUCCCCUUCAAUUAAUUCGUCUAAAAGUAAUAAUACUUUGAGAGUUGUUGUUAGUGGAGGGGCUAAUAAUACUAUUUCUUCUUCAUUAUCUUCAUCACCAAUUGCACUUACUAGUACUUCAAGUAGUUCUUCAACAGCUUACAUUAGAAGAUAUUUACCUAGUAACUCACAACGUCGCCAAACAAGUUCUCUCUCCUCGUCUUUUCAAACUCGUGGUUCUGUUCAUUCAGCGCCUUUAAAUGAACAACCAGGCUGUUCCACAUAUUCGGGUGCAGCUGUUUCAGCUAAUUUAUCUGUUGGCGCAAUGGAAAGGCAUUCAGUUAGUGGGCAACAACAAAAGAAUUAUUUAGAAGAAAUUGGACAUAGACGUUGGACAUUUUUUGAAUCAGGCAGAACAUCACGUGGGGAACCUAGAGGGUUGGGUGUUCCUUAUAUGUAUACAAAAAAGAAAGCAAAAACAAAUGAAACAACGGAAAUGAAAAGAUUAAUAGCCGAAAUUGAUUCUAGAUUAUUGGAUUGUCGAACAUUAGUGUCCCCAUGUUCACGUUCCUUAUCAAGAAAUUCAAUGUCUUCCGAUGAUUAUUUAAUAAAGAAACAAAAAGAAAAAUAA